UCUCUGAUGAGAAAUUAAUAUUUAAUCUGAUUAAUACAAUUCUAAUUGUUUCUUGGCUAAUUAGAAUCAAUUUCUGAGUUUUUAAUUGUGUUUUGUGCCAGUCAAUCAAAGUUUCAAGUUCCUUGAUUGGAAUUGUUUCUGUUUAUUGUCUCCAAGUGAAAGUUUCGGCUCAUUGUUUAUGUUUUUUUUGUUGUUGAUUGUUUGUUUUUUUUAGAUUCUAAUUGUUAUUAGUUUUGCUUUGGUUAGAGUUUGGUAAUUGUUACCAAUCUCCUUCUUUAAUUAUCUUUGGAGAUUAUCUUGGAGCUUAUCUUGUGAUUCUCUUGUGAUUUUAAUUCUCUGUUGUCUUUGUCAUUGAUUUUACUGUUUCAAUCAAUUGCGACGCUAAUUUGUUUUGUUUUGUUUUUAAAUUUUCCUUGAUAUCUCAUGAUGGUUAAAGUUUUAAAUUGUAUGAAACCUUUACUAUCAUCAAAUUGUAUCUUCUCUGGUAGAUUGUUACUUAACCGAAGUAUGUCUUUAACCAGUGCUUCUUAUGCCAAAUUUAGUUAUACGGAUCCUCUCAAUUUGGACCAUUUUCUAACUCAGGAUGAGAUUCUUAUACGAGAUCAAUUUCGAGCUUAUUGUCAAGAGAAAUUAAUGCCAAGGAUAUUGAUGGCCAAUCGUCAUGAAGAGUUUGAUCGUAAUAUUAUGAAAGAAAUGGGAUCUCUUGGUGCCUUAGGGUCAACAAUUCAAGGUUACGGAUGUUCGGGUGUCUCUUCAGUGGCCUAUGGUUUGUUAGCUAAUGAAAUUGAAAAGGUUGACAGCGCCUAUCGAUCAGCAUUAAGUGUCCAAUCUUCGUUGGUAAUGGGAGCGAUUUAUCAAUUUGGAAGUGACCAACAAAAGGACAAAUACUUGGAUAAACUCAGGUCAGGAGAGAUGAUCGGUUGCUUUGGAUUGACUGAACCAGAUUUCGGAAGUGAUGCCGGUGGAAUGGCAACUAAGGCCACUUAUGAUCCAACCUCUAAAACUUUCUCAAUCAGUGGAUCUAAAACAUGGAUAACCAAUUCUCCCAUUUCGGACAUUAUGGUGGUUUGGGCUAAAAGUGAGGCUCAUGGUGGACGAGUUAAAGGAUUCAUCCUCGAAAGAGGUAUGCAAGGGUUAACUACUCCUAAAUUAGAGGGUAAAUUAUCAUUAAGAGCUUCAACCACUGGAAUGAUUGUCAUGGAUAAUGUUAAAGUUACCGAGGAAAAUGUUCUGCCAAAUGUUGAUGGUAUGAAAGGACCUUUUUCCUGUCUAAAUAAUGCUCGUUACGGAAUCGCUUGGGGAGCUUUGGGAUCGGCACAAUUUUGCUAUGAAGCCGCUCGACAAUAUACACUUGAUCGUAAACAAUUUGAUCGUCCACUGGCUGCUAAUCAAUUGAUCCAGAAAAAAUUGGCCGACAUGGCAACCGAAAUAUCCAUCGGUUUAACCGCUUGUCUAAAUGUUGGUCGUCUCAAGGAUCAAGGACUUGCUGCACCCGAAAUGAUUUCCAUGAUUAAACGUAAUUCUUGUGGUAAAGCUCUGAAAAUUGCUCGAACGGCUCGAGAUAUGCUCGGUGGAAACGGAAUCUCCGAUGAAUAUCAUAUAAUGCGUCAUGCCAAUAAUUUAGAAGCCGUUAACACGUAUGAAGGGACACAUGAUAUUCACGCGUUGAUUUUGGGAAAAGCGAUCACGGGAAUCCAAUCAUUUUAUUGAUUCUAAUUUUAUAUUGGCGUUUAUAUUACAAUUUGUUGACUUAUUUGCAGAAAUUAUUUUGUUUUUCGUAUACCCAAAACAAUUAAAGGCCAUAUAUUGUUUAA